CGAGUUCUUUAUAUUUAAGAGACCACAGUAACAGAGAGACAUAUAGCGCGUGUUAUUUGUAUCACAGUAUCAAAAUGGAACUGAUAACAGGAUUUUAAUAGUUUUUUUGCAAGGAAGAUCGAAGGAACUCAAGUCACUGUCAAAUACAUCAGACAAAACGACUACGCUUGAUUGGUUACUAAUGUUGCUGGACAAUACAUCAGACAAAACGCCUUUGCAUGAUCGGUCGCUCAAGUCAUUGUCAAAUACAUCAGACAAAACGGCUGCCCAUUAUCCGACCCUAUCGAACAGCUUUUAAGUGCUCGCAAAUCUACAGACAAGAGACAAGGAUAAACAGACCAAUUCCUCACAUUUAGUUGUUCUACACUUUAUGCACCAGAUAUGUGCAAGGAAUUCUUCAAGGACGUUUAAGCAAAUAUAUGUGCAAUAAACUUCAAUAGAAUCAGAAAAUGUGACAGAAAUAGCAGACAAUUAACGAGGCAAGCACUAACAUUGCAGCUGUAUAAACGACAAAAGCAGUUUAGAACUCAAAUUGUGUAGAAAUAACGGAUUUUAACAUUCGGGCGAGAUUUCCCAAAACCAAUUUGUCUUACCCUGAAUGUAAGGCUUGGUCCAUGUGGUCGUUACCGGUCGACAAUAUUAAAGAAAUCCCCUGUGAUCGUCACCAAACUUUGCUCGGCGACGCCAAAUUAAUGAAUGCUAUAAUUCUCUUUUUCUAGACCUAAAGGCCUAGACUAAGAUCUGUAAACACCAUUGUGUUACGAACUUUAUCCCUGGAAUUACGAUUUGUACAACUUAUUGAAUCAGCCCACAUUUUCACCACUAAAUAAAAGAAUAAAUCCUAAUAAAUACUCUGGGAAUUAACGUGUGGAUUUCCAAACAGCGUGAACGCAAUCAGAUGAAAUGAAAUUAGCACUCGUCUGUAUUGCAAUUUAGAAGAAAAAGAAGAAAUUGAACUUAAAUAAGGAACUUAACUUACGCCUCGGCAUAGGAAUAUUAAUGGUCAUUUUAACAAUGAGUUCGACAACACCAAGUGUAUUUACGGAUAUAUUAGGUCCCCUAUAUGAAGACAUAUUCAUUAAGGAUUACGAUGACAACGUAAACGACUCUUUUACAAACGUUGUAUGUGGUUCAAACAAUACGGCAGUGUGGUUGUUACAAUCCCCACUUUGUUCCAUAAAAUACGGAUCAUUUGUAACAUUUAUGAUUGUUGCAUUACUGCUGGGGCUAAUAACAUUCAUAACAAUUUUCGGCAAUCUGCUCGUUUUAGUAGCGUUAUACAGAUUUAAGAAACUGCGAUCAAUGUCGAAUUGUUUGAUAGGCAAUCUUGCGGUGAGUGAUUUAUUGCUGGCGUUGUCCGUCCUUCCUAUCUCAACUACUUACGAUUUACUGGGCUACUGGGUAUUUGGAGAAAUAAUGUGCACCAUAUGGCUAUGUAUCGAUGUUCUUUAUUGCACCGCGUCAAUAUGGGGACUCUGCACAAUUGCCGUGGACAGAUAUACAGCCACAGUUUAUCCGGUAUGGUAUUUAGAGAAGAAAUCGCCUACUCGGGCACUCGUUUACAUCAUAUUUGUUUGGCUGUUUUCAAUCAUAGUAUCUGUCGCUCCGUUUAUUGGAUGGCGCGACAUGAUACAGAACUUCUACAAGUAUAAUCCAUUAACAAAUAAACAAGAUUGUGUAUUGUUUAUGUCGCAAACAUAUGUGGUUUAUUCGGCAAUGGGCUCAUUUGUGAUUCCAACCGUUCUGAUGGUGUUUCUUUACGUCCAGAUAUUUAUUGUUCUAAGAAAACGGACAAGGUCAAUGCAGCCGAUGAAGAAACGAGUUAUGUUUUCGUCGGAGAGUGACUUUGAAAGUGAAGCGCAUGGAGUGGAGGAGGCGGAUAGCGACGAACGAACAGAGGUAGAAUUGAAAGCUGCUUCAACGCAAACCACGCCAAUGAAUAUGGCUCCCAAGCGGAAUGAGAACGGACGAAAACAAAAACAUACUAACGGUUGCUCCGUCCCGAAACAGGAUAAUGGAUUAACGCAAACUGUUAUACCAAACAACCAAGCUAAACCAGAUCUGCUCAUGCACGAGGAACGGUCAAACGGCGCUCCGUUGAAAAUUGAGGUAACCGACUUUACUGAGAACAAUAUUCAAAACGUUCCUCUUUCAAUAAAAAAUCCAAAAGACAGUACAGUGAGUUUACCUGUGAAAAACAAAAACUGUAAUCUUCAAGUCAAUUAUGAAAACAAAGUGCAAGCUGAGAGUAAGAGUCCUAGUCGUGUUUCAAGGCGGAGUAUAAACUUUGAUGAAUCGUCUGAAGUCGAAGGAGAAAUGAGAUAUCUUCGGUCCCCAAGGACGAGUAAGGCCAUGUUUUUUCCUUGGAAACGGGGUAAUUCGGCGAACAUUAGUGUCAAACACAAGUACGAACUACGGGAACGACGAGCAACGAAACGAAUGGCUAUGAUCAUGGCAUGCUUUUGUUUCUGCUGGUGGCCGUUUCUAUUCAUGUACACUAUAAGAAGUUUUUGCACACAUUGUCCAAUAGAUCCACAUUUUCAGGCUGCUAUAAUCUGGCUAGGAUAUGCCAAUUCAAGCCUUAAUCCUAUUCUGUAUACUAUUUUUAACGACGAUUUCCGAAAAGCGUUUCAUAAAAUAGUUUUCUGUAAGACUGGUCGUGCAAAUAAUAGACGCCAUCGGUAAUGCUUAAAAGCAUUCAUCACAAACUGCUGCUGUCUUUUCCAUUUACUUUUAAUUUUAAUUUUAUUUUGUAUAACAUUACAUCAUAUUAAUUUCCGUGACAGAAAUGUGUUGCCAUUCAUGUACAGUAUGUAAUACAUGUAUCAAAU